AUGCGGGACAUUGGCCUGGGAAUUAGGCCAAAUACUCGGCUCACUGAUCCCUUGCUAACGCAGGGUGAACAAGAAGCAAUGGCCAGCAAUUUGGACCUGUGUCAUGCUGUUUUCGUGCUUGCAUCAAAUCAUUUUGUCAAUCUACUUUACCCAGAAGGGGGUUUGGGCUAUUUCGAAACGAGCUCUGGAUUUAGCUCAGAGCCCAAAGUCUCGGAACAACCGUGUUUCCCAAAAGGAUUUGCUCUAACCCUCACGACAGGAAACAACCGGACGCGUGUUAGAGCGACCAAUUGCUGGACAAUUCCAACGGAACCCAUUUUGGUUCCAACACUGAGAGACCUACAGGUCUUAUCUAGCGCGACAUUCGCCUACCGAAUUCUGAGCCACUUAGCAGAUGAGCCUGGGUACUUCAUCAUGCCGUUUAACUUGAAAUUUACCAUCAUAGUCUAUGAGGGCUACAAGUCUUAG